UACGAGGCACGACGGCGUGUUGAUCCAUAUAGCUGUUGCUGCCCUGCAGCGUUUGCUCUGUGUCAGUUGCAGUUUCUAGUGCUGUACGAGUAUUGUUCCACAAGCGUAGAAAAAUAACUUACCCUCAUGGCCUCCCCGCUCAAGAGCUGCAUCGAUCCGGACGAACACCCGCUCGACACCCGAAGGAACUUCGGGGAGUACAUGGUUCAGCAUCUCAGGCGCCACGCAGGCUCAAAACUGAUCAACGGUACGACCGACGAAGCCUACACCUACGGCGAAGUAGCAGAGCAGGUGGAUGCCGUGAGGACAGCGCUAUGGCGACUGGGCCAUGAAGCUGGAGACAAGAUCCUGCUCCUCAGCGCAAAUCGGACGCAACUGCUGCCGAUGUUUCUGGGUGCAGCAUGCGCCAACGUGGCGUCCGUCUGUGAAAUCCCGGGCUUCAGUGUCGAUGUCCUGGCUGACGCAAUGCAAACCCUGUCGCUGGUUUCUGUCUGCUGUGAGCCAGACCGGGUCCAAGAGGCUCUCGAACUGCAGCGAAGACUCCCUUCUAUAAAGCACAUCAUAGCACUGGACGAAACGGCGCAUAAUAUGAUCGGCGCAACGAACACCGUAAUCACAUGGAAUGAGCUGCUCAAGAAGGGGCACGAUGAAGGAGGCCCAAUGCCACCGCCUCCCGAGUAUCGAGAAAACCAGAUCUGCUACAUGGCACCUACAAGUGGCACGACUGGCAAACCGAAACUGGUUGUGCAUUGCCACGAGUCCUUCCUGGCUAUCGUUCAGUCAAGCAGCCACCCUGGGCACAUGCGUCUAGGUCCAGAAGACUUGUCCCUCUCCACAUCGUCGUUGGUCCACACAUACGCGCUUCUUUGGGGUGUCUGCAAGCCUAUCGCCCAGGGAGCGUCGACCGCCUUUAUGGAGACCGCCGAUGACAGCGCUAUACUGGAGGCAAUUCACAAGCACAGGGUCACAGCGCUAAGCACAACACCUUACACUGUGAGGCGCCUGUUGGACAACAAACGGCGCCACGGUUAUGACCUCCAUAGCCUCCAAUACGUCACUACGUCGACUACAAAUAUUGAUGAAGAAGUUGCGAAGACUCUGGUCAAAGAAUUUAAUCUCAAGUGUUUUACACAAAAGUACGGUCAGACGGAGAUACCGUUCAUCUCAGUCGGUCUCUACAACGCGCCCACCAAUUACAAGUCCAUCGGUUGCUUGGCAGUCGGCGUAGAAGCAGUGGUGAGGGACACAGAAACGAAAAAGCCUCUGGGGCCAUGGCAACGUGGAGAGCUCGUGGUACGAAGUCCAAAUUUGAUGCUGGGAUACUGGGGGAGUCUGCAUGAGCCUGUCACUGAUGAAGAAGGCUGGUACAGCACAGGCGACCUGUGCUACUACGACAAAGACGGCUGGCUGUACCUAGUUGCGCGGCUGAGCGACUACUUCUGCGUCCGUGGGAGCAAGUAUCGGCCGGUUGAAGUCGAGGCCGUGCUGCUCAAGUGUCCAGGGGUUCGUGACUGCGCCGUCGUAGGAAUACCACACCCCGAAGCUGGAGAAGUGGCGCACGCUUUGGUUGUGCCCGAGCCGGAAGCAAGAUCGCUGAGCGCCGAUUACGUCACGCAAUUUCUGGAAGCUAACACACCGAAGGGUUGCCAGUUGGAAGGCGGCGUCACAUUUGUCGACAAGAUUCCUCGCAGCAACAGAGGGAAGCUUGUCAGGCGUCAGCUCGUCCAGUGUAUUCUCGAGAAGCGAGAACAGGGAGGCAUCAAGAGUCGGGAAGAUGAGGCGGAAGAGCUAACAGACUUCGCAAACUCCGCUAUCAUGCACGGCGCAAAGCGCAUCUCGCACCCGGAGUGUGCAUUCGUAUCGUAAAAUUGUAAUAUUACUGCGAAAACAUUAUAUGCCCCAUGAAGUGGAAAAUCCGGCGUCCGUUUUUAUAUUCCGAUGGUACCAAAACCCACGUGACGAAGUGACGACAUAACGUUCCCAGCGCUGGACCUGUUGUGGCUCGGACUGCAAACUUUCAUGGUGAACAGCAAUAGCGUCGGACCUGGACCCUUAUUAAAAUUUGAUUA